CCCGGUCCCUGAGAUGAAUUGGCAUUGCAUCAACUUGUAACCCCAAGGAUUCUUGCAUGUGUUGUCGCAUGCGCAUGGUGUGAAGCUUGAGGCUGCAGCCCAUUUUGUCACAUUCAUUAAACCAUCGUCUACGUGUACCGGCGCCGUUAUUUUCAUCCGAUCUCUUUUUCUAUCACCUGGGCGACGACUAACCAUCAGCAACGACACCUCAUUCGUUUCGAAUAAGCAUCCGAUAUUCCAUAACCAACAGCAAUUAGCAAUUACUCCUUAGGCGCCAGCACCUAAGAGCCACGAACCCAACGAAUACCUAUUACCUACCCGACGGAUGUCCGUCAAAAUACAACCAAAUAAAAAAGAUAGAACCGACAGAAACCAAUCAACAUGGCGCUCAUAUCAGUCAAAACGAUUCUCACAUCCCUAUGCCUCUUCCACAUCACCCUCGCCUACUUCUUCUACACGAAUCCGAACGCCAUCGCAGACCAAGCCCUAGUCUACGUACUAGGUGAAGCCAUGGGAAUGCCGCAAACAUCCUCCUUCGCAGCCCCCAGCGGCGCCUCCUCCUUCCUCGCCAUAACGCUCCUCGUCCUCGGGCUCUCCGACCUGCUCACGCUCUCCCUCCCCGAAGAAAUCUGGCUAAUCCACUACUGGGGUUCGCAAGCGCCCUUACGCAUAACCGUAUUCGCCUUCGUCUCGCUCUUCGCCUACUUCUCCACGCCUUCCUACGGACGGUCCGGGCCGAGCCGGAUGUCGCACCCCCUAGCGCCACCGAACGUGUUUGUAGCGGGUAGCACGGUGAGCGGCGGAGACGGGCUACGGAACCGUGUUUUUUUCACCUUCGCGUUUCUGGAGUUCCUGAGCUGGUUUUGGGUCUGGGUUACGUUGAAGGAGGAGACGGGCAAGUUUGCGGCGAGGAAGAGGAGGAGGGGGAGUACUAGUAACGGCAGGGCGCAGGGGUUUUAGGGGAUUUGAUGGAUCGAUGGAUCGAUAAGGAUACGCGGACAGAGGAAGCUUGGUGAAGAGAUAAAAUCGAAUAUUAUCCAGGUCCGUUUUAUGAUAUGCGACGAAGAUACAGGAAUAGAGAGCACAGGCCGGUUCCACUGAGCACAACCUCCCGGUCGAGGACCCUCUUGUCACUCCCCUUUUAAUCCACAAUACGUCUUUGGCGGAGUUCUCAGAAGCAUAUGACUGGCGUGAGGUACGGGCGCAUUGGGGCUUUGGUUCUACAUCUACAAAUCGGCGCUGAAGACUGUUAGAAAGAGUGAGCGAGACGGAGAAUACAGACGAUACCCCUUUCUUCUCCUAGAGUGUUUAAAUGAAGUCACGGAAUGCCUUGUGUCCUU